AUGGUCUCCUUCGAUGUGACGUUAUUCACACCCAACCCAUCAAACCCGACCCGCGAAGUCUUGUGCAAGAGACUUGAGGAGGCGUAUGACGAGGUUCAGAAUGCACUCAAAAUUGAGCACCUCAUGAGGCUGUUUGAAUUCUGCCAACAAACUUUCUUCACUUUUUCUGGAGAGACCUGUGAACAACUCAAGGGAACUCCAAUGGGUCCACCGGUCUCCGAAUUAGUGGCAGAACUUGUCCUACAAGAGUUAGAAGAGCUUGCUGUCAUCCAACGUGAGUUAGUAUUUUGGCGCCGUUACGUAGACGGCACGUCUUUUAUCGUAAAGAAGGACAUACUACAACGUUUCCACAACCUGCUCAACGCAGUCUUCCCUGAUAUAAAAUUUAAGAACGAAGAAGGACAGGAACAGCAGUUGCCCUUCCUGGAUGUACCCGUCAGAUGA